AGGUCUGGGGCCUGGUGAUCUGUGCGUGUGGCCAUGGCACUGGCUGAUUGCUCUGCGGGGAACGUUUUCCUCAGGUAUCCAUCUGGCUUCCUCCCUGCCUUUAGGUCUGGGCUCCCCUGACCACCCUGUUGAAUAUUAUAAUCUUCCUCCCAAUAUACUCCAUCCCUCUUCACUCUGGUUUAUUCUGCAAUAUGCUCACCACCACCUGGCAUACACAUUUUCAUUUAUUCUCUCUGCCUUCCUUCCGUGAAAGUGCCAGGAGGGCAGAGAGUCUUGUUUUGCUUGUCGGUGCCUGGUGGUUACUAAACCAAACCUGUUGCUGUUGAGUCUAUCCCGACUCAGAGCGACCCCUAUAGGACGGAGUAGAACUGCCCGCACGGUUUCCAAGGCGUGACUGGUGGAUGUGAACUGCUGACCUGUUGGUAGCAGCCGUAGCUCUUAACCACUGUGCCACCAGGGAUUCCUGGUGGUUACUAGGCCCGUCUUAAAUAUUUGUGGAAUGAAGGAGCGUUCUAGGUGAUGGGAACAACCCAUGCACAGCCCUGAGGGAGCCAAGGGCUUGGUUGUUCAAGGAAUGGCAAGGAGGCCCGUGUGGCCAGAGCAGGUGGGUGAGGAGGGUCAUGGCAGGAGUGGAGGCAGAGAGAAACAGGUCGUGUGGGGUGUCACAGGCGACAGUGAGGACUUUGCCUUUUACUUGGUGUGAGAUGGAGCCACAGGGGUGUCCUAAGCAGAGAAGGGACAUUUCUGUAUUGAGGGGUGAGAGAUGGUGAGGAGAGGCCGGAGGUGAUGGGCAGGACUCCAGUGGGGGUCAUGGGUAGGGGCGCAUUUCCAAGGGCGGCUGUAUUACUAAAUGAGUUCAUAAAUGGGUAUGUGGUGGCUGACACUUGACGGUCAAAUCCCGUUUUGUCUUGAGGACCUGUGGGCAUAUAGCUACAGAAAACCAAACCCAUUGCUGUUGGGUGGAUUUCCAACUCAUAAUGGUGGUGCAGUGGUUAAGUGCUACAGCUGCUAACCAAAAGGUCGGCAGUUCGAAUCUGCCAGGCACUCCUUGGAAACUCCGUGGGGCAGUUCUACUCUGUCCUAUAGGGUCGCUAUGAGUCAGAAUCGACUCCACAGCACUGGGUUUGGGGGUAAUGACCCUACAGGACAGAGUAGCACUCCAUCAUUGGAUUUCCAAGGAGCAGCUGGUGGAUUUGAACUGCCAGCCUUUUGGUUAGCAGCCAGGCUCUUAACCACCACACCACCAGAGCUCUACAGAGGGUGUUUGGCAAUCCCUUAAGGUACACAUCACACCCAGAAAUGAGCAUCCUUGUGAAGCACCUUCAGGCCUGGCACAAACACUCAGGAAAGGUUGGCUCUUGCUGUUUUUCUUUAAUGAUUUUGAGACCUCUCCCACCUGGAUACCCUCUGAAGCUGCCAUCCAGGGCAGGGCUUGCCAGGACUUCCCCCAGCUGGUUCUGAUGACUGCCCACAUUGUUUUUGACUGUUUUCUUGUGGUGGGGUGCUCAUUCUGGCACCUAACCUGGUGUGGGCCCCCAUUCACCUUCCAGUAAUUUUGUCCAUGAGAUCUGACUACCUUUGGAGACCACAUAACCUGAGUCAGCUGGGGGGUGGGAAGGUGGGGUAGGGGAGGAGCUUUUGGAAGGUUGGAGUAUAUUUUGAGGACCCUGAAGAGCCCUGGAAAUCCAUGCAGGGAGCCAUACUCAGGUUUGUGCUUUAGAAGGAGCCCAUAGAGUGAUCAGGGCCUGGAUGGGGAAGUACAGACAGAGGGGUUGGGCCCCCGGAUGGGAGAAGUACUGGGGGUGAUGAGAGCUCAGAGGAGCUGCCCAGGCCCCUUGGGAGGUGUUAGGGAGGGCUCCCUGGAGGAGGUGAUGCUUGAAUGGUGAACAAGAGGGAAUUAGACAAAUGAAUGGGAAGAGUAACAAGUAGAGGGAGGGUUUGUGCAAAGGAGUGUGGGGUUUUCUGCACCACACAACAAUGGCCUCCCCUGCAUAAAACCUGCCAAGACUCUGGUGUCCUCAGGAUUAAGAGAAAACUCUAGGUUGUUGUACGCCCCUGGUCUCUUUAAUUCGAACAUUACUGAGCACCUGUGUAUGUCUCUGCUGGACGGGCAUUAGGGGUCAUCCUAUCUUACUCCUCCAAAAGAAAAAAUGUCUGUAAGUUGGACCUAUAUUCUUUCCCUAUAAUCACUAGCUUCUAAGUAUUAAAGUGUUUUUAAUUCUGGAAAUGAAUGGCUUUACUUCCUCUAAAGGGCCGUGCCCAGCGCCCGGCACGGAGUAAGUGAUUAUGACCGGGCCGGAACACCUGCUGCUAACUGGAUUUCCUCGCGGAGGCCCUGGAAUACUAAGGGGCUUCUGGAGGGUCUAGGGGUGCCCCCUUCGUUCGUCCCGGGGCGGGGAGCCUCCCCUUGGUAUGUGAGGACGGAGUUUCCUGCCCGUUUGCUCCUCACACCUUCCGGAGGCCAAACGGGCAGCCAGCUGCGACCCGGAGGGGGCGGGGGCGGCCGCCCGGCAGAUGGCGACAUUUACAUACAGCUGGGAGCCCCUUCUGAGGCGGGGGCUCCUCUGCCCUGGCGUCUGGUGCUUCCGUGAUGUGGGUUUGUCUUGGGGGAGGGGGGGAGCACAGAAGCACACACAUGGGUCCACAAAGAACCCCCCAUCUUCAUGGUAGCCACACAGGGCUACACCUAUGGACUUCUCACCAUGUCCCCCACAGUAAAUACACACCCAGGCUCCAUCACACACACCCCUCAGUCACAACCUCGCGCUGCCCCUCCCAUACACAAACACACACAGCCACCUAGAGGCACCUGCACAGACCACUAAGUUACAGGUUCAUACUACUAACACAGCUGCCCAGGCCUCACAGGCAUGCCCAGGGAAGCAUCCACACAGCUACAGAACCUCAGAAUGUCACAUCAGGAAAUCUUGUACAUCCCUGGCUUCCCAUGGAGGUGGACACGGACAUACACACACACACACACACACACACACAGAGUUUAGAAUUAUUCACAACCUCGGUAGCAGGCUUCACCACACGAGCAUGCCUGGAUUCACACAAUCUCAGGUAGACACAAUCACGAAGUCACGCACAGACCCCCACCCCCCAGCAGCUCUCGCUCCCACCACACACACACACACAGAAUCUUGAGAUCAGUAACAAUCUCACACACAGGCUUAACCACCAUCUCCCCCCAACCAGCCACACACAAGGUGGCGCCCACAACCGCACACCCUCACAGAAUCAUACACUCACUACGUGGCCCGUGCCCACGACCACACAGAAUCUCACAGCUGCUCCUGCUCAGACCUCGAGUCCCCCGGAGAGCCCCCUCCCCUCGAGUCCCCCGGAGACCGGCGGCUGCCCAGAGGGGCGGGGCCGUCCCCUCGGAUAUAAGGCUCCAGAGCCAGCAGCUGCGACUCUCGAGACCCCCGAAAGGCCAUGGUGGCCCUGCGGAAGCCCCCGCUCCUAUCCCGGACCAUGCUCCUGGCGCUUUUUUUCCUCCCCCAGGCACAGCCGGCCGGCGUCUUCGAACUGCAGAUCCACUCUUUCAGGCCGGGCCCUGGCCCCGGGGCCCCGCGGUCGCCGUGCAGCGCCCGGGGUCCUUGUCGCCUCUUCUUCCGGGUUUGCCUGAAGCCGGGGGUCUCCGAGGAGGCCGCCGAGUCCCAGUGCGCCCUGGGCACGGCGCUGAGCGCGCGCGGACCCGUCUACACCGGGCAGCCCGGAGCGCCCACGUCUGACCUGCAGCUGCCCGACCGCCUCAUGCGCGUGCCCUUCCGUGAGGCCUGGACGGGUACCUUUUCUCUCAUCAUUGAAAUCUGGAAAGAAGAACUAGGAGAGGAGAUUGCAGGAGCAGCCUGGAGCUUGCUGUCGCGCGUGGCCGGACGGUGGCGCCUGGAGGCUGGGAGCCCGUGGGCCAGGGACGUGCAGCGCGCAGGCGGCUGGGAGCUGCGCUUCUCGUACCGCGCGCGCUGCGAGCCUCCCGCCGUCGGGGCCGCGUGCACGCGCCUCUGCCGUUCGCGCAGCGCCCCCUCGCGGUGCGGCCCGGGACAGCGCCCAUGCGCUCCCAUGGAGGAGGACUGCGCGGCACCACUGGCAUGUCGAGCAGGCUGCAGCCCGGAGCAUGGCUUCUGUGAGCAACCCAAUGAAUGUCAAUGCCUGGAGGGAUGGGCUGGGCCCCUCUGCACAGUCCCAGUCUCCACCAGCAGCUGCCUCAGCCCCAGGGGCCCAUCCUCUGCCACAGCUGGGUGCCUCAUACCCGGGCCUGGGCCCUGUGACGGGAACCCGUGUGCCAACGGGGGCAGCUGUAGUGAAACACCAGGUUCCUUCGAGUGCGCCUGCCCCCGUGGGUUCUACGGGCUUCGGUGUGAGGUGAGCGGGGUGACAUGCGCGGAUGGACCCUGCUUCAAUGGCGGCUUGUGUGUGGGGGGCGCAGACCCCGACUCUGCCUACGUCUGCCACUGCCCGCCCGGCUUCCAGGGCUCCAACUGCGAGAAGAGGGUAGACCGGUGCAGCCUGCAGCCGUGCCGGAAUGGCGGGCUCUGCCUGGACCUGGGCUAUGCCCUGCGCUGCCGCUGCCGUGCGGGCUUCGCGGGCCCACGCUGCGAGCACGACCUGGAUGACUGCGCCGGGCGCGCCUGCGCUAACGGCGGCACGUGCCUGGAGGGCGGUGGCGCGCGCCGCUGCUCCUGCGCGCUGGGCUUCGGCGGCCGCGACUGCCGCGAGCGCGCCGACCCGUGCGCCGCGCGCCCCUGCGCGCACGGCGGCCGCUGCUACGCCCACUUCUCCGGCCUCGUCUGCGCCUGCGCGCCCGGCUACAUGGGGGCGCGGUGCGAGUUCCCGGUUCGCCCCGACGGUGCGGAGGACGGCGCAGGCGCACCGCACGCGGCCCCACCGGGCCCCAGGCAGGGGGAUCCGCAGCGCUUCCUUUUGCCGCCAGCUUUGGGCUUGUUGGUGGCCGCAAGCUUUGCCGGCGCUGUGCUCUGGCUGAUCCACUUGCGACGCCGUGGCUCUGGCCGGGAUACUGGGUCUCGCCUGUUGGCGGGGACCCCGGAGCCACCAACCCACUCACUCCCCGAUGCUCUGAACAACAUGCGUAUACGAGAGGACCCCGGGGAUGGCCCGAGUCUGUCCGCUGAUUGGAGUCGUCCCGAGGAUGGAGACUCUCGAGCGAUUUAUGUCAUAUCUGCUCCUUCGAUUUAUGCUCGGGAGGCCUGACCUGCCUCUUCGCCAUCAUCUCUUGGAGACAGAUCUUGGAUAUUUUUGUAUUUAGUUGGUGGUGCCAAAUCUCUGCCCCAGACACUUUGGAGUUCACGUUGGAAGGGGUAGCUGGGAGAACUUUACCGUUGGAAAUUGUACAUAAUGGCUAUUUAUAUCCUAUUAUUUUUCUCUCCCCAUCUCUUCAGAGGCAUCUAUAAAUGCUCCUGUUUUGACCAACUUUGACUCGUCCCUCUGAUCGCUUUGUACUUAGUGUGGGGUUAAGGGGAGAAAUUCUGUGCUUUAGAAGAGUCAUUAAAAAACAAAAAAUAAACAAGCCCGUUGCCGUGGAGUCGAUUCCGACUCAGCCACCCUGUAAGACAGAGUAGAGCUGCCCCAUAGGGUUUCCAAGGAGCCCUUAGUGGAUUUGAACUACCUAGCUUUUGGUUAGCAGCCAAACUCUUAACCACUACACCACCAGGGUUUCCUAGCAAGAAUCAUAGAUAGGACUUUGUUGUGGAAGGAAGAAAAAUACUAGUUGAAGUAAAAAAAGAAUAAAAAGGAAAACCCUAUAGUAGGUGUAGCCUCAGACAGGGCUGAAUUCUGUGACUCGGUGUCCUUCUCCAGUUGGUUGUUUCCCCUGGGACUAGUUUGUGUGUUUGUGUGUGUGUGUGUAUGUGUAUGUGUGUGUCUGCCCAGGCUCUCUCAGCCCUUUCAACAAGCCAGUGUUUUUCCUCUGCCUACAGGUCGCCUUAGUUAAGUGCCUUUUUUCCUGAUACUUUCAUUCACUCCACAGAUACCUACUAAGAUCCUACUGUGUGCCAAGUCUUGUUCUAGGAGCUGGAGACACAGCAGGGCAUGAGACAGCCAAAUUCUUGCCCUUGAUGAGGUCACAGUUUGCUCUAGUCCUUGUCAGGGUGGUGAUGGGCCAGAACUCUGGAGCCUGACAGCUUGAGUUUGAAUCCCAGCUCUUCUACUUACUAUUGUGGGCAAGUGUAUAGCACUUCAAGCUAUAUAAAUGUAGCUUCUCUGUUGUUGCUAUUGCUCUUAUUUUCCAGCUCUCUCCGUUGUCGCCUCUUUUAGGAAGCCCUCUUUGAUUGCCACAGACUGAGUCUAGUGUCUCCUCUGGUCUCCCACAGCCCAAUACUUGCCCCCCUCCCAAUCCAGACCCGACUGCCAGCACCUACCCCCAUCCUGGCCCUGACCCCCUGGACUAUCACUGUUUGGUGAGGGGUGUGUCUCCCCGACUAGGGAGCCUGGUGAGGG